AGCUCCUUCCUUACUAAACAAACUUUCAACUCCACUUCACCUGCAGGCGUAGGAUCCUAGCACAAGUCACAUCGCCCAAUACGUCGAACUAGAAGCCUGAAAAACGAAUGCACAUUCCUUGCGCUUCCGAAAAGCGAGCCAGCGCCCAUUCUCCUGCAGGACCGAAUAUCACAUCAUCUCAACCCUACCACAUAAAUCCUCUGCGGUUGUAUUUAUCAAGGCACGAGGUGGCACUGUUUUUUAUAUUUUGAUUACCAGACAAAUGUUAUUGGGUAUCACCGGGGGGCUUCGGAUCUAAAAAAACGUCCAUGUGAAUUCCAACCCAGCAGCGCAGCCCAUGGAUGACAAUGGCAUCGCGCCUACAUGCAAAGCAAAUAUCAAACUCUGUCAACGCUCACGUGAGUUUGACUUCCAGGUUUAUAUCCAACCAUACUAGUCUGGAGAGCAGGCACAAGCGACAAUAUAACUAUUCGAGCGGGAUGUCGUGCUUAAUUCGGUUCUAUUCACUCGCGCUCGCAGAUAGCAAUAUCCGUACGGCGAAAAUAUAUCAAGGAGUAGAGGGAAAAAAAGGGAUCGGCGUGCCGUAUUACCAUAUAGAUCAUCCGGUCUUGGUGUGUGUUACACCAGCCGGACGAUUGCAACCUCCGUGCCCGCGGGGUCGAGAGAGACGAAAACAUGUGAUUUACGUAACAUCUUUUGCCUUGCUCAUAUUUGUCUCUAUGAGUAUUUCUGCCAUAUCGAUCAGAGUCGAGCAUCCGACUGCGUCACAUCUUUCACCUCGUUCUGAAGGGCCUGAGAAUGACUGUACAGCAUCUGUUCAGAAUGUCCAGGAUGGAAGGUCUAUAUCGGGACCAGGCACCAUUCACCAUCCACCAUCUGCACUGGGAUAGAGCUUACUAUACUCUAGGCAGAUUAACAGUGUCACAUUGCGAUCACCAGGAUCCGGGAAAAAAAUCUAUCAUUCGGAGCAUAGUGCCAUGGUUGCGGAUGCAAGUU